AUGCAUGUCCGGUAUUUACAGCAUCAACAUCAGGGCACUGUACAGCUGCUGCUCAUGCCGCUCAGCACUGCGGCAAGCUCCGUCAAAAGUUCCAAAUGGAUAGAAGAAGAAGAAGAAUCAGAUUGUGAUGCUGUCCCUCUACCUAUUCAAACAUUUCUUUGGAGACAGACAAAUCCCUUUCUCGGAGCCAAAAUAGGAAAGUUACAUGAAGCUUCUUGUGUGACUUUCGAGCGAGUAGUUGUGCAGAACAUAUUACACGGUCUUUCACCAUCUCUAUCAGAUGCUUUGGCAAGUGUUAGUAGAUGGAAGCUCGUUCGAGCAGCCCUGCCUCAUGUUAUACAGUGUUGUGGCUCCUUGCUGGAUGCAAACCUCGGCCAGAAAGGAAUGCCUACAUCUCUUCAGAAGAUUUUGUACAUUCUACAUUGGAUGUUGUUAGACGCUGCUUCAGAAUGUACAGAAAACUCGGCUGAAGAAGGUGAAGAAGGUACACCAUCGCCAAGAAAUCAAGGAUUAUUCUCUCUAUCAUCUAUUCAAUUAUUUGUUUAUUUAAUAACUCCAUUAUGUGAAGAGGUGAAAGAAGAAGACAUAUCUUCGAAUAUUCGAUUAGAGAGUGGUCUCAAGAUUUGGCAAGCCUUAUGGCAGCAUCGGGCUCCCGAAGUUUGGUGUUUCUGUGCUCCAGUGAAGCAAAGGAAAGAUGAGCUUCCUGUCGUUCAGUUCAAUAGAUGGCAGAACAGUUCAGCCAAACAACAGAGUCAAGGUGUUUAUUUGGGAGAAGAGGAAAAUAGAGCGCGUAGACCUUCCGUUGUACCUCCGCCUAAACCACCUAGGAGCGAUGAACGAGUCCUGAGCGAGAAACGGAAACGAGAACUGCAGAAGCAAAAAGAACUGGAAGAGCAACAGCAAGCGAAGGCUCAACAACAUCCGAUGCACCCACCUCGUCCUCCAGAGCCACCUCAAGCUCUUCUAAUAGAUGUAGGAAUUAACUCUAAAUUACCAGUUACCUCAAUAGUAAGAAGUGUUAGUGAAUAUAAGGCGAAUGAAUUAGCUCUGGACACAAGGAAUCGGAUUUGCAAAAGUAACACGGCCAAUGCCUUCGAUAUCUCUCCAACUUCGGAAAAUUCGCUACGAAUGAUGGAUGAAGUUGAAGCAGCUCUCCGCUUCGUGGAAGAUCACUCAAUGUCUGGUGUUUUUUGUUCCGAUGAAGCUCCUCUAGUUCAAUUGAAUGAUAUUUGUAGCGGUAUUUCAAUUGAGCCAGGAGAGAACAAGGAUUCAACUUGUCAAGUUGUAUGUGACAAUUGCGGCAAUGUUGUGUAUAGAAGUAAGACAGUAGUUGGUGUUUGUGAUUGCAAAACGAAGUCUAACUUUCGUAUUGUGACUAAUGAAGCCCCACCGUUGGUGCUCACAAGAGCUUCAACCAUGGAUGAAACAAACUCUACUAGUAGCCAGCAGACCAUUAUUCCUGUACCGAUCAUACGACCAUCUCCAACACCUCCUAAGAAGCCAUCGCUUCCUGAACCUAGAAAGGUUCAUGAGGCCUUACGUCAACGAAGUGGAGAUGGUACCGAUGAAGAUGUAGAGGAAAUUUCAACUUACGACCCAAUGACUGCCACAUUUUUUGACAUCGCUGUUAUAAGAGCAUUGCUGGUAACACAUUGGAGUGAGCAAGGAGUGUAUUGGGGGUUGAAGUAUCUGUUGAAUCGCUUGGAGGAAGUGCAGGCACAUGUUUCGAAGAACAGCCCUAGGAACCGAAGUAAUUCUUUACCCAGUGGCGAGAAGAAACCUUCUGUAGGGAUUGACAUCGAAUAUCAGAACCCCACUUGGGAUGACUUUCAGUUGAACAAAGAAGAAGAUCGUUCACGUUUGAAAGUUGCAUUCACGGACGGAAGGAGGAAAUCUAGUGAUAACGCUCUAGCACCUGUUUAUGGCAACCAAGUCAGAAGAGCAAGUUUGAACACGCUGAUCAAAAGAGAACGAAACAGGAGUGAUCCGUCAUUAAACAACUCUGUCGAAGGUCUUUCAAUAAGAGACGAAAGUGGAUCAAUGAGCAAUGUCUCUUCGAAGUCUCUGGAUAAAGACAAACCAAUCCCAUGUACUAUAAAUAAUAAUCCGAUGAAAGCUCAAUAUUAUCCGGAAGCUUUGGGUAGCUCGAACUUCAUAGAGAAGAAUGGUCAAAUUAGUUUAACAGUUAUUGUACAGACAAUCAAUCAGGUUAUGGAACGUUCGUUCGUUGUUAGACAUUGUGAAUUAGCUUUGAAUAUCGCUGACACAUUGAUCCGAACUCAGGCUGAUCAAACAGAAGGGUUUUUUACUCAGUUAACUCAUAUGGUUUUUCGAAUUUAUCUUUCACUUGGUUGUCCACACGGGUGUAAUGACGGUGUCAAAAGUCAACAGGGUGAUUUUUUACGGGUUAAAGCCAAGACAGUUCUUGCUAGCUUGGAAAAACUAGAACAGGAAAAGUUCAAACGUAUCAUCAUGUCGUAUGUAGAAGAAAACUCUUGUCAACAAGUCUUAGACUUACUCCAUUCCAUUACUGCCUUUUGUAGAUCAGAGUUUCCACCUCCAGAGUCACGAAGAUCAUCUGAGUGUCUCCCUUCGUACAGGAACAAAUUCAAUGAGAGAGAGAAAGGCAUCGAAGGUCGAAUGGUAUCUGCAACAUUCAAAAAUCUGACAACCAAACUGUCAGAUAUAUCUGAGCAACUCGAGCAACCAGAGAACAUGAGUUUAUUGCAAGACAUACGGAUGCUUGUCAAUUAUGUACAGGAGCAACACGGGAACCCUUUUAGACGUGUGGGAUUGUCCGCUCUAUUGGACGCCAUCGAUAGAAAUCCCGUUGUCGAGAGUACGGAAACAGUCAGAAAGGAAGGAGGAAGUGGGAAAAGUAGUCCUUCUGGAUUAGCGCCUCCGGUUUAUAAAGGAGAAGCGAGCUUGCGACGGGGACUAUUCAAGAAGAAAGAAAAGAGUGGACAAGAUGACUCGGAUGCUGAUUCUUCACCAUCAACACCAAGAACCGUUUCUUCAAUGGAUGACGCUAUUUCUCCGUUAGUUCCACCAUCCGCUUUGAAGAAGAAAAGUGCUCCGAAGUUACAUUUUGCUUUCAAUCUUCUGAAAACAGCUAAAAUUGAUAAUGCAGAUGAUGACUACUCCGACUCUGAAGCAGCUGAUGAUUGCGUGGAAAUUGACUUCUCUAAGAAAGCAUCUCGCGACUCAUUCAGAAAACAACAGAUGAAAGGUCCAGUAGAUGCAAAAGGAAACAUGUGUUUGUGGGGUGUAAUGAUUCCUGCUCCGACCUUGCUGAGUGUGAAGGGAAUACUGGAUGGAGCGCGAAGGUUUUCAUUUCUUCUAGAGACAGCAAGACCCGGUACUUUUCCUGAUCCUCCUCUGAUUGCUGCUCUGCUUCAUCUGAAGUCACCGGUGCUUGCCAGAGCAAGUUUGCUACUAGAGUGUUGCCAUUUUGUGUCCAGAUGUAAUCGAGGCCAGUGGCCAGAAUGGAUACGUUCAGGUCAUCAUCGGGCUAUGUCAUUGGGAGGCCCUCUGGCUAAUAGAGGAACACCAUCAGCUACCCGACGGAUGCAUUCUCUCCAACGAUCAGCUGGGCGCUAUUUUUACCAAUGGGCAUUACAUGUCGGAGAACAGUUAUCCAAAGAGUUGGAGAAAGUAGAUCAUCGUGAUAAGAGAGAACUGAAGAUGUAUGAUUCUAUGGAAGAUUAUUUCGAUGAUGCAUUGGUGAACGACUUAUCAGGCGAGAAAUGCCCGCCUUGUUUGCAGAUGAUAGCAAUGCUUCUCUUGCAAGAAAUAACAGCUUUUCUCAGAGAAACAUUCCGAACAAUUCCACGGGCUAAAAAUAACAAGAAUCAAGCAGUGUCUGGCUGGGACAAGUUGCUAUCCCACAGAAGAUGGUCUAUAUUAUCAAAUACCUUCAAUGCCCAAGGCUCCAUCAGUAGCAUUGCGGACAUGAACUCAUCCAUACAUCUUAAUGAUCGUGAACGAAGAAUAAGUCUGUCAACAGCUGAAGAAGAUUCUCCUCGCGGAUCGAAAGAUACCAUCGAUGAGAUUGUUGUUGACAAAAAAGCAGUUCGACCACCAUCUCUGAGUGCUCGUCUAUUCUCUCGCCAAUCGACCCAUGAUGAAUCUGGAUCAGCUCAUGGAUCGACCAAAUCUACAACCUACGUUCCGGACAGUGCUCAUCAAUCAGGAAGACGUAUCGCGGCUGGUAGGCAACGGCUGCUGAAGCGAGGCUCUCCUAUGGGAACUCAGCCUUCUUUAGAGAGUAGCCAUAAGCGACGUAGCUUCAGGAUGAGAAAAGCUUCGAAGCAACCACAAUCGACAUUGGAAGAAGGUGAUGACAGAGUUGAUGUAAUUCCUUUGGCCGCUCGAGAUUCUCUGAAAGCAACAGAUGAAAUUCCACUACAAUCGCCAACUGAGAAUAUAAGUCAUCCUAAUUCUCAACAUGGAAGUGCUUAUGGUACUCAGACUGCUCCUAAGACGAAUCUGGAUGAUGAUGAGCAGCAUAUGCUUAACAACUUGCCAUGGAUAAAAGUUGUUAUCAAGAUGGCGAACUCAUUUGAUUUGAAUUGUGCUCAUGAAGGGUAUUGCACAUCGCGUUGCUUCCAAAGAGUUUAUCGACAGUGUUCGAGAGUAACUGAAUCUUUGGCAACUUUAUAUGGGCAGAAAAGAGCAAUCAAAACAAGAAUUGACCGUAGAAAGCUGCUAAUGGAUCGUCACCAAACUGAGCAGAACGCUAUGCGUCGAUCUGUGCACUCGAGACAAUCCUCAGUUCUGCCUCGUCGAGAGUCAGCCAUGGUUGGACAGAACACAGAGUGUGCCAGCAAAGCAAUAAAGGCUCUUCUUAUGGAGAAAAUGAUGCAAGAACGGGAGCGGGAAAAAGAGAAAGAGAGAGACGACGUUGUUAAGAAGGCCAGUGUUGAGCAGGAUCGUGAGUCGGACAAUGUCAUUGAUGAAAAGGAUUGUGACAUAAACAUCCCUAUGUUAGAUUACAUCAAUUGCUUGGUAUUGAAUCUGGUACACACACCACUAUCGACAGCAUUGAAGAGCGCUUUGUUACUCACAUCUGAUCAAUACAAAAUGAUGAUCGAAGUGUCAUGGAAGUUACUUUUGAAUGAAGAUCCUCAUGUCGUAACAAGCGCUGCUUCAAUGUUCAUACUCGCUUGUGUUCGGCGUCCCGAAGAUUCAUUGAAGAUUGUGAAAGAUGCCUUGAAAUCAGUAAACGCUUCCGAAAGAACAGCAGCAAUCCAAAGGUUUUAUGCUUUAUGGAGAAACCGUUAUCACGUGUGGUUGAAAAUGGAGGACGGAGCACAAUCAUCUUUCAAAGUCCCACCACCUGGAAUUGAUUUUACUUUGCCUUCUCCACCUAUUGGUCAGAGCCAAUUACCAGUUGUUGAUCCUCCUUGGAUGCCACACUCGAAAACCAAGAUAGAAGAGUUGUCUCUGAAGGAAGAAGAGCAUGCAACGUCCCAAACCAUCAUGACUAUGACAAGAACUAGAAGAAAACAGAAGCAGGAAAUGGUGAAGAGGGCUGUUCGAGAAGCUGAGGAAAGGCAAUGUGAACAAAGACAACAGUUUCGAUUACGAGGAUCAGCUAUUGUUUCUGUGGCAGCCUACGAACCAGCAUUGUUUCAUCAUCAAAACGAACCACAAGAAGAAUCGGAAGCUGCCCAUCAUGGAAACAGACAUGUACUACCAGUCGCUCAGCCUUUAUUUCCAUCAAGUUUGCUCAGCGCUGUGCCGUUAAUUAUUGAAAUGCUGGAUGACCCGCAAGUAGAUAAAUGUGGAUUAUCAGUUGGGGAUGUUGCUAAGAAGAUUAUAUGGACUUGUAUAGUGGAAGAGCCUUCCUUGUUUCUUCGUCAUUUUUUAGAAAAGCUUACAAACAGAGAAAGACAGCAAGUUAACCCAGAAUACCGUCCCACAGAUAGUUAUGAGUACCUGAUGUCUUUGCUACGUAAGCUGAUCCUACGAUUCAAUCCUCUGCCAAGCCAAGUAGCUUGUAGUUUGCUGAAUUAUUUGUUCGGCUUUGUGAUGCACUAUGUCAGGGCACAGUGUGAUGGAUCAGACAAGGCGUUAGGCAUGGCUCUGUCGCUAACUUGGAUUUUGGCGCCGAACGUUCACGGCAUAUUUUUCAAAGAUCUUAAGCAAACUUUGAAGAAGGAGCAAUGUGAUCAAGCUUUGAUGAUAACAGCUAAUGUACCAUCUGCUAAGAAAAUCAUCGUGCACGGACCUGAUUCCGGACUAGGUGGUAUCCCAAGCCAAUUCCCGGUCCACGAAGAUACACAAUUCCAGCAAAUCUUGAGUGAUAGCUUGGAGUUCUUCAAUAUUGAAGGAGAGGAUGUGAAUUCGUAUUAUUUGACCGACACGAAAACUGGUCAAAUCCAUUUACCAUCUGGCUAUGUUAGAGACUACUAUUUCUUCCAUCGAUCAUUCUAUCCUCAACUAACAUUAGUGAAGAUGGAUCCUGAACAGGCUUCCUCAAAAAUGAAAAACACAGCUUUUAAUCAACGAUUCAUCGAAGUUGGAAAAGUCUUACUUACUCAUAGCAUUCUUAAGUAUAGUCCUCAGCAUGUUAUUGCUCAAAGGAUUUUCUUCCUACAUGAUGAGCUCACUCACCUACCCUCUUUCCCACGCAAGAGUUUAGAAACUUGUUUUGGUAUGCACCAUGGAGAUAUGGGUAAUGAGUUGAAAGUCAUGGAAGAAAUGCACAAAUUCACCUGGGCUAAACUGAUGGCUGAUAUGUUUGAAAAGAUGGAGAAUGCAUUCAUGUUUGCAGAUUUACAUCUGUUCAUUAACGUUGUAAAUGGCAUAAUGAUAAUGCACUGUGAAGAUGUUCUGAUACUGCGCCGUUGCGCUGCAACAUAUAUUUCAAUUUCCAUUCACUUUAACACUCUCUUUGCGAGUCAAGGAUUCUUCUUAAUAAUGCCAACGAUUCUCCGAUGCUACAGUCAGAGACAAACCAACCGGGUGUUUUGUUCUGUUGUUGAAUUCAUGUGUCGACAGUUCUAUCUACUUCAUAGAAAACCUUUUUUGCUUCAAAUGUGUGGAUCAGUAGCCAACAUCUUAGACACUAGUUCAAGUGACUUCGAUAUAAACCCCAUGAAAGUUAAAGCAAAGUACUUCUUCAACCUUUUACACAAGAUGGAAACCAUGGGUGAAGACUCAGAUCAGUUUGAGAUCUUGGGGCUUGUUCCGUACGAAAAGCCUCUGAGAGCUCUUGAUUUGUGUUAUCGCGAUGAUCCUAACACCUUCUGUGUAUUGACUGAUGCGUUAGCCAGUUGCAUUUGUGUGUGCGCGUUCGCUCCAGAAAGCAAGAGAAGCUAUCAAAUGCUGCUCGUGAUGGCUGCUAUUCUGCCCCAUUUAAUCAAGAAGAUGGAGGAAGCAACUGUGUUGCAGAAAAAUUCACCAAGUGCUGCCAAAAACGAACUCGCUCAAUGGACAACAUUAUGUGUGGAAAUCAAAGCUUUGAUCAAUAGUUGUGAAGCAUUGGCUCGAGGUCCUCAGCGUGCAUUUGAUUUGGCUAACGUUGCUGAGCGAGGAAAAUCUUUUGUUGCUGAUUCUCCACAAUUUUUCGAUCCUCCCACGACGAAUGAGGACGAGAAUUCAAGACCUUUCCAUUUAAAAGAGAAAAAGUCAACUGCGAUGGGUUGGGAAGCCGCGGAAGUUGAAGAACAGCAUAAGGAGCAGUAUCGGCGGCCUAGAGACACUCUAUUGUGUCUAACGGCGCAGUUUGUGGAAAUGGCUACUCCAAGACUCAAAGAGCUAGCAAAGUUAACAGCUUCAACAGAACAUGGGAAAAUUCCGGAUGUAAUGGAUCACAAAUGUCAUGUUAAAUUGAGCGAAGUUGCUCUGUCGCUAUUGAAAAUAGCUCCGUAUGAUUUGGCCACCAUGUCAUCGAUCGGACUACAGAAAUACUUCAUGGUUAUUCUACCCGUCACUGAUUGGUCUAUUGAAUCCAAUAGAUCCGCAUUGAAUAUAAUUCUCCGGCGAUUGGACAAAACAAUCGCAAAGAUCGCGAAGAAGCAAAACAUCAGGCGUCGCGUCAGUUGGAACGCACUCAGUAACUGGAUAAUCGGAAUAUGUGAUACUCUAACUGCAUUCCCAUAUAUUGCUCAUUUACAUCCGCUCAAGACAACUGCUCAAAUGUGCCUACGCAUAAUGGUUGGUGACCCUUGCCAUGAUGAAGGAACACCUGCAGCACAUCCUUCAACAGUACUUCAUCCCACAACACCUCCCACUAUAUUCUGUCAAUCCGUUCUACGCUUGACUGUUAUAUUGAUGCAAGCUCUGGGUCAAUUUUCAUUCUCAUUGGAGUUAGUAACAAGUGUGGAAGGAAUGGGAGUAUCAGCCGAUCGAUUAGAAGCAGUGCUCUGCCAUCUACUGAUUCCUUUGAUUCUGCGUAUAAAUAGUAACCCGAAAGAAACUUCAAUACUUCAACCGAAAGAUCUGUCUUACUGCAUUCAAAUAAUGCAGAAUGCAGUUUCUCCUCCUUUGGGUAAACAAUCUGUAGCGCCACUUAUGAGUACCUCGACUCUAGCCACGACUUUCAUACGAAGCACACAAGCACAUGUUGAUCUUCCUGGUCGACAAGGCUCUGUUUCUGUAACUGACCGCGGACACUCUGCGACAGUUUCGACUCAUAGGAUCGUUAGAGAGAGCGUUUGUCAAAGCAUCUAUUUAGCUUUGAAAGUCUUGUUGCUAUGCUUUGGGAAGCUCUUAACAACAAUGUGGCCAAGAAUUGCUCGUCUUGUUAAAGAUCUUUUGGUCAAGAAACCAGGAACACCUUCAGCUGUGAGCUUCGUGGAGUUUCUGCUACAAUCGAAUCUACCAAUAGCUCUUUUGAUCCUUCCAGUAAUCUACAACAAGGUCAAGCAGAAACCCGUAAGUGAUCAAGACGGAGCUUGGCAAUCAGACAUCCUAGAAAAAAUAGAAAAUAAGAGUCAUCAAACUGUCCCAAUUGCGAUUCUCAUCAGCAAAUGUAAUCAAGAAUUAGCUCAGUUGAAAGAAGAGUUGUCAAUGAAACCUAUGGAAAUAACGAGAUCGUACACACCCACAAUGACCGACGGCCAUUCGGAUUCAUCAGCUGCUUCUCUAGCUCCUAGAACGGCUCCAUCCAGGCAGAGCAUUGAUCGGAGAUCAAGCCAACAAGGCAAAAAGACAUUGACAACCAUGAAGGAAGGAACAGAAGGAACUAUCCCUGAAGACGUUGAAGAUGACAAUGCGACAUCAUCUACUCCAAACGAAGGAACGCAGUAUUCGAGUCGUGUCACGAAGAGUCCUAGCGUGCCAUUGAACAGAAUUGCUCACUCACCUCGAUCCGGAUUUGGAAUGUGGAGGAGUGUUCGCCGGAAGUCACGGAACGUUUCCACUGAAAGUGAGAGUGAAGGGGAGCGAAGCGUUGAGCUACGGGAUCUUCAUCAUCGCAUAGACGAGACGCUAAAAACUCCAACAAGAAGAUCUACAGAAGCAUUGGUGCUCCCUCUUCAUGAUUCGAUUGAUGCCAGUAGACAAAGAUUCGUGUCCUUCUCAACACCCAAAAAAGGACUUAAUGGAGAUGAUGAUGACGACUUCCAGAUUUUCGAACAGCAUCAACUUGUUUAA